AUUUUGCUUCAGCCGAGCGAUCCUUCGCUACCUGGUCGGAAAAUACGGGAAGGACGAUAGCCUUUAUCCCAAGGACUUGAAGGAAAGGGCCGUCGUGGAUCAAAGGUUGGACUUCGACGCUGGAACUCUCAGUGCGAGAAUGCAAUUCCUCUACUCGUUCCUGACAGUGGAAGACGGAAAGAAGUCCGUGAACGAGACGGUGUUGAGCAAACUCGAUGAAGCCCUGGGAAUUUUGGACAUUUACAUCGGUAAAUCCGGAGGCUAUGCGGCUGGGAAUCGCCUCACCAUUGCCGACUUCGCAUUACUCGUUUCCAUCGCCUGCAUCGAGAUGGUGCAACUGCUCGACGUGUCGAAGCACGAGCACGUGCGUGAAUGGCUGUCGAAAUGCAAGGCCGAAAUGGACGGUUACGAGGAACUGAUCGGGAGCAAGGCUGCCAGCCUCAGAGAAUGGACGAAAAAUGCGCUGGGGUAGAUGCCCGACAAAUUUCGCUCAAGUGUCGCACUGGAGGAAGGAAUUUCGUUUUAAGAGGUUUUUAAAGGCGACUCCGUGACUU